UCUAAAUUCAACACACCAAAUCCCUAGAUUCGUUCCCACCAAUUUCUCUUUAAUUUGAAAAUUUCCAAAAUCUCUGACAGUUGCAGCAAAUCCGAUUCCUCAGAGAAAUGGGAGAAGCUUCUGGAAUUUCGAAGCUGAUUUCGUACAGCGACGAUCUGGUGAAGGUGUUGAAGGACCAUAGGGACAUCAACAACUUGGCGCAGUGUCUCCAGCACUUCAAGGCCCUCCGCUCCUCCUGCGAUUCCGAUUUCAAUGAAGUCCAGAACUCGCUUCGAGACUAUGAGAUAAAGACAGAUGAAUGCAAGCAGAAAACCGAGGCGGCAAAAUCGGAGGUUGUUGCUGAUGAAGAGUUAGACCGUCUUCAGAGAGAGUUUGAUGGGGAUGCUGAAAUAGAAAGUUCGCUUAUGGAGGAGAUUAGAGUUCUAGGCAACGAGAUUAGUGAGUUUGAACGCCAAAGGAUUUCUGUUCGGGAGAAAAAGCGAAACUUGAAGAGACACGAGCAAGAUGAGUUCAGGGAACAGAGGAAGCUCUCCAUGUAUGCUUCUGUCACAAACAUUAUACCAAACCUGGAAAAUAAGUCGCGUGAUAUGGGUUAUAUUGUGGAUAGCAAUAAGAAAAUUGUUCAGAAGUUUGAAUUUGAUCCAACAAAGAUGACUGCCUCUGAAACAUGUGAUAGCAUUUGGAAGAUGAUAUCUUCAUGAUAUAUCUUGAACAUUUUCCCUUCAGACGGCUUGUAUAAUAUAAUAUUUUCCAUGUUUGUUUUCUUCUUUUAUGCUGUCCUACAGCUUGAUAUCGUGUUUUUGAGAAGUGAUCUUUGGGAGGUUUGUAACUUAUGAUGACAUAUUGUAAAGCACAUUUCAAAGUUGAUUAUCGGGGAUGGUGUUGCUGCCCCUUGGAAACAUAUUGGUUGUGUA